AUAUGGCUAAUUCUAUUUCUUCAAACUUUGGUGGCGGUAUUUUGAGCCAAAAGGUUACUACAUGAGUGAUUCUCAUCCAAUUUUAGCAUCCAAGAAUAGCUCCAUGUCCAUUGAUAUUUGUAUGGCUGACAUGAAAAACAGCAGCUCAUUUCUCAUUGAAGGAAAUGACUGCUUAAACCAAGAAAUGAGUGACGAAAUUCCAGAAGAGUCUGCUGGAUACUUAGCUGAACCUACUGUAGCUGAAAAAGAAUCAACGCUUAGAAGGGGAUCUGAGAUAUCAAUGCCUGAUUCGAUCUCAGAAGACAAAUGUAACAACCCAUCUGAGAACUCUAAGAAAAGAGCUCGGAGUUUAGAAGAUGUCCUAAAGAGCAUACGAAUUCAACAAUCAAAGAAGAAUCGUAAGCUUGCUAAGAUUGACAACAAUGAAGAAGAUGGUAAUGCUGGCCUUACUGGGCAAAGUUCAAGUAGCUGCUCCUCGGAGGAUGAGUCCAAUUCUUCUCAGGAGCUGAAUGUAGGAGUGACCUCAAGUUUGACCACAAAAGGGGAUGUAACUCUAAACUUGAAUGGUAAAACAAGAGCCUGGACGGGUUCAGCCACUGAUCCCCAGAGCGUCUAUGCAAGGAAAAGAAGAGAGAAAAUAAAUGAAAGGUUGAGAGUCCUGCAGAACCUUGUCCCUAAUGGAACAAAGGUUGAUAUUAGCACAAUGCUUGAGGAAGCUUUCCAAUAUGUGAAGUUUUUACAGCACCAGAUUAAGCUUUUAAGCUCUGAUGAACUAUGGAUGCAUGCUCCCAUCGCUUACAAUGGAUUGGACAUUGGACUUGAUCUGAAAAACACCUCGCUGAGAAAAUCAUAGAAAAUAAAGGACGACAUAGCAGUCCAUAUAGUAUGAUGCAAAUACAUCAAGAUGCCAUGGCAACUUCAAAUGGGCUUAUUUGUAUAGGAAAAUCUCAAGUCCUAUUAUCACAGUUCCUAUAGGGAACUUGUUAUGACUAAUCCCUCAAUUUCUUUCACUUACACAGAAAUUCUUCUUAUGAGCACAAUUUUUAGCUCCAUUGCAAAAACUCUUCCUACUAGCCAGUGAUUCAAGUUGCUGGCCCUUUAUGUAAACAUCCCAGUACAUA